AAGUCCCACUAUCAUGGCCGCCGCUGCUACCUGCAGUUCACGGAUGUGAGCUGACGUGUCUUGUAUUUUUGUUGAAUUUACUAACAAUUCCAGCAGAAUGAAUGCUUUUAAACGCGACAAAAAGGAAGAGGAAGAUGGGGGCAAUCCAUUCCAGAACCUGGAAAAGACUACUGUGCUGCAGGAAGCUCGUACCUUCAAUGACACGCCAGUAAAUCCAAGAAAAUGUGCCCAUAUUUUGACAAAAAUCUUGUAUCUGCUGAAUCAGGGCGAGCAGCUUGGAACAACAGAGGCUACAGAGGCUUUCUUCGCUAUGACAAAGCUUUUUCAAUCUCGCGAUGUUGUACUGCGAAGACUAGUUUAUUUGGGCAUCAAAGAGUUGAGCUCCAUUGCUGAGGAUGUCAUCAUUGUGACAUCAAGUUUGACUAAGGACAUGACAGGAAAGGAGGAUCUCUACAGGGCUGCUGCUAUCCGAGCAUUAUGCACUAUUACAGAUGGUGCAAUGUUGGCUACUAUUGAAAGAUACAUGAAGCAAGCUAUCGUUGAUCGAUCUCCAGCAGUGUCAAGUGCUGCGCUGGUUUCCACUGUGCAUCUCAAAAAUGUAUCGGGAGAUGUUGCCAGAAGAUGGGCGAACGAAGCUCAAGAAGCUCUGAAUUCCGAUAAUAUCAUGGUGCAAUAUCAUGCUCUAGGUGUACUUUACCAGGCUAGGAAAUCAGAUAAGCAUGCUGUUAUCAAACUAGUAGCCAAAUUGAUGAGAUCUAGUCUUAAGAGCCCUUACGCAGCAUGUUUGUUGAUAAGGAUGGCUUGCAAACUUUUGGAUGAGGUUGAUGAAGGCACUGAGCUUUUGGAGUUUAUUGAAUCCUGCAUUCGUCACAAGUCAGAAAUGGUGGUUUACGAGGCUGCACAUGCAUUGAUCAACCUUGGAAGGAGUAGUACCAGAGAGAUUGCAUCUGCUAUCAGUGUCUUGCAGUUGUUCUGUGGCUCCCCAAAGCCAGCUCUUAGAUUUGCUGCUGUUCGUACCCUGAACAAAGUAGCAAUGACCCAUCCAGCAGCUGUGACUGCUUGUAAUUUAGAUUUAGAAAAUUUGAUCACAGAUUCUAAUAGAUCGAUUGCUACUCUAGCUAUCACCACCUUAUUGAAAACUGGAGCAGAGAGUUCUGUUGAUCGUCUGAUGAAACAGAUUGCAACAUUUGUAUCAGAAAUCUCGGAUGAGUUCAAGGUUGUUGUUGUACAGGCUAUCAGAGCUCUUUGCCAAAAGUUCCCUCGCAAACAUGCAGUCCUAAUGAACUUCCUAUCUGCCAUGCUGAGAGAUGAGGGAGGGCUUGAAUAUAAAGCAGCAAUAGCGGAUACCAUAAUUGCAGUGAUGGAGGGUAAUGCAGAAGCUAAAGAAGCUGGACUAGCACACCUCUGUGAGUUCAUUGAAGACUGUGAACACACAUCGCUGGCAGUGCGCAUUCUUCACCUUCUGGGUCAGGAAGGCCCUACCUCCAAACAACCCUCGCGCUAUAUUCGCUUCAUCUACAACCGCGUCAUUCUCGAAAGCGCAAGUGUAAGGGCAGCCGCUGUUACCGCUCUGGCUCACUUCGCUGCUGCUUGUCCGACUCUGUUGCCCAACAUACUGGUGUUGCUUUCGCGCUGCCAGCUGGAUUCCGAUGACGAAGUCCGCGAUCGCGCCACAUAUUACUGCACGAUUCUACAGCAAAACGCUGACCCGACGAUCCUGCCACUUGUUCAGCCGCCCCAGCUGUCCAUUCCCAGCUUGGAGAGGGCAUUGCGCAAUUACGUCUCGUCGCCAAUGGAAGAAGAUUUCGACAUUUCACAGAUUCCACCGGCACAAACUGUAGAAGAACCUGCCCAAGAGAUACUAUCUGCAGUCAAACCACAACAUCUGAGGUUAACGAGGGAGGAAAGCUUCGUGGAGAAGCUCAGUCAAGUUUCAGAGCUUGCAGCCAUCAUAAGAGACGCGCCGCUUUUCAAGUCGUCGUCUGUCUUCGAACUCACAGAAUCGGAAACCGAGUACAAUGUCAAAUGCAUCAAGCACUGUUUCGCCGACUAUCUCAUUUUGCAGUUUGACUGCUUAAAUACCCUGGCUGAUCCACUGUUGGAAGACGUUCGCGUUUCAAUCGACACCCAGGACGUAUUCACUGUUGUCUCCGAAAUUCCAUGCCCGCGUCUGGGAUACAACGAACAAGGAACUACUUACACAGUAUUGAAAUUCCCUGAAGACGUUCAGUCGACCAUUAUUACUCUUCCUACCACGUUACGGUUCUUAGCUCGAGACUGUGAUCCCAACACUGGCGUUCCAGACACCGAUCAAGGAUACGCCGACGAGUACAUGUUGGAAGACUUGGAGAUAACGUUGCGAGACCAGAUCCGAGGCUCGGCCCCGUCAAACUUCGACUUCGCGAACGCGUGGGAAGCGGCAUCAGCGCGUAACUACGUGACGCACGAACAGAUCUUUGCACUUGGCGCCGGAGUAACAACUCUCGAGGCGGCGAUUCAGAGCCUCGUUCUCUUCCUGGGACUCGUGCCGGUCGAGAGGUCGGACCGCGUCAAAUCUGGCGCGACGCAACACACGCUGCUGCUGUCGGGUGUUUUCCGCGGUGGAAAGGAAGUCCUCGCCAGGGCGAAGCUCGCUCUCACCGAUCAAGUCACCAUGCAGUUCACCGUACGCUCUGAAGAUCCCGAGGUUGCCGAGCUCAUCAUCUCGUCCGUCGGUUAAAAUCUUGCGACCGCCGUUGAGUUUUUUUAAUGAACAUUCAUAUAGAUACGUGAAAUGAUUUUAUGGGCGAGCGUUGAGAGCUAUGAUGAUGAUGAUGAUGAUGAUGAUGAUGAUGAUGAUGAUGAUGAUGAUGAUGAUGAUGAAUUAUUGAAUAUACUUAUUGUUAUAAUGAGCAUCAGGAGGAUAGCGUGAGCCGUUUACUUUGUUGUCAAUAACGUGAUUAUUAUUAUUCCAAGAAUAAAUGCCGUAUUAUUGUAAGUGCAUUGUAUUUUUUUAUAGGUUUAACUUGUGUAUUAAAAUAUCAUAAGUCUAAAUAUUGGCUACUUUAGUGUGUUCCUUACUAUUUUAAGGCUACCAACAAUUAUUUACCACUGCAAGAUAUUUAAAAAUAGCAACAUUAUGCAGUUAUCUCGGACACUUCGAUAGCUAUAUCGAUUUGUUUGAGUUCGUAUGACUAUUUAGGUUUCAAACGAGUUUACAAAAAUUUCAAUACAUCUCAUACGCAUCAUCACGUGGCAAACGGCAGAAAAACAUACAAAAAAAUGAAUUUAUAAUUAUAAUUAUGAAUAAAAAAAAGCGAUAAUACAA